AUGGGAAAACCUUGGCUGUUUAUAGGUUCGACUUUGGAUAUAAUUGGUGGAAUUCAUCCUGCUUCAUCUAGAGAUCAUCACUUUAUUCUAGUUGGAAUAGAUUAUUUCCCUAAAUGGAUUGAAGCCAUUCCUUUGCCUAAGGUCAUCCAGGAGAUUGUGAUUAGUUUUAUUCAAAAUCAUAUUCUUUAUAGAUUUGAAAUUCCUGAAACUAUCACUACGGAUCAAGGAUCAGUCUUCAUUGGUCAAAAAAUGGUUGAUUUCACCAACCAAAUAGGUUUAAAGUUGCUCACUUCGACACUAGGAGGCGCUAUAAUGAUGAUAAAUGGGGAAACGCAAAGGAUUCAAAGAUGA